AUGUUGUCUAUGAAAACUUUAAAAUCAUUUAUUUCAGAACCUUGUGGAAACGAGGAGAUUCAGAAGGUUCAGAAAAGUAUAAGCGAAAAUUUGUCGAGGACAGAGGAGGAAUUAGAUGCAGAAUUCAAACAAAGGCACAGACAUAUUGUCGAACUUGAAAAGAAGAAGAGAGUUACAGCCGAACUUGAAGAACAAAAGCAGAGAGAAGCUGCUUUGGAAAGUUACUUUAGUUCAGCUGGUAGUAAAAUAGUAACAAAACAAAGCUGGAACGAGCCGGAUGUACUCACUGCAGAUGUAUUUUGUAAAGAAUUGCAGAUCUACAAGGAAAAUAACGAUAUAAGUGAAAAACAAGAAAAGUUAUGUAAGUUCACAAAACGUUGUAUUAUAGAAGAAAACGAAAAGUGCCCGAUGACAGAUGUUGAAUUAAUACUAGAUUUUUCCUUUGAAAGUUCGAAAAAAAUCAAAAUAACAACAGGGACUGGUGAACAAAAGAUACGUACAUUUUUUGAUGAAAAAGAUGAGCCUAGAUUUCAAUGGGAGGAGACUUGCUACAAAAGAAGAUUAUGGGUGUUUGUUAGAACAUUUCUUAAAACAGAAAACGUUAAAGACAUGGUGAAAAAACUACUAUCAAAUCCGACCAGCGUGUUCCAAAAUGCCGUGAAUGCAUUCCAUAGUGUGAUUUUAUGGUUAACUGUCAAUAAGUUAAAGUCUGAUGAAAAGCAGACAAUUGAUGAAUCAGGAAAACAUGAAUCUAGUAAAAACAAAUCUCGAAAUGGUUCUGAGCAGGUCGAUUCUGAAGAAAACCUUGAAGAUCAAUCUAAAGCAAAGAAACAAGGUGUGCUUAAAGCUGUCAAAAGUCAUUUGUCAGAAAGCAUAAAGUCUAAGUUGUAAAAUAAAAUAAUUAUGUAAAAAUAUAACAUUUACAUGUAAUGAACAUGAUUAUGAUAUGCAUACAGUACCUAUGUAACAGUUUGUUAUAAAUAGAAACAUGAUACAUUAUCAUCAUUAAAAUCAACUUGAAAUGUUA